AUGAGUGCUACACCAGCCAAAGAGUUGGGUGAGCAAAAUUUAGUUGAUACAAAUAAUAAUUCUACAACAACAACUACAAUAAGUCAGCCCAAAUCAUUUUCAGAUUAUACAACUCCUUCACCAACUGAUGAAGAAAGUAAUAAAACAAUACCGCUUAAAAAACAAUCACCAUCAAAUCCUGAAUUCUUAACUGAAUUAAAGAAAUUUAAUGUAGAUCAAACUAAAUAUAAACAUUACGGUCAUCAAUCUCUGAUGAAUUCUCAAUCAUUAAAUAAAAUUAUUAAUCAUAUAAAUUCACCCAAUGAAGAAGAAGAAGUGGAAGAAAAAGAAGAAAUCGAAAAUAAUUCAACAAUAACUAGAAAUAUAUCUCCCGAAAAACUUGAAAUUGAGAACAAGUUAGCACAAAUAUUUGGAAUCCAACUGGAUCUAAUUAAAGAUAAAAUAAAUUGGCCUUAUAAUUCAGAUACACUUAAUCAUUUAGUUAAAUUACAAAUUGAACAAGAGAAAACAAAACAAAAUCAAUUGAAAAAAGAUAUGGGAGAAAUUUUAUUAAAAUUAAUUACUGAAACAAAAAGUUCACAAAUAAAUAAUGAUUUAUUACCUUUUUUAUUUGUAUCAGAUUCUAUAAACUCAAAUGACUUAUUUCAAAGAAUUGAAAGGUUAAAAAGUUAUGAACCAAAAGAACUUAAUAAUGAUAUAGUCGAAAGAUCAAAACUGUUGGAAAAUAAUUCAACCACUACAAAUGAUGCUCAUUUAUCAUCAAAUUACUCAAUAGGUGGAAUUAAAAGAAAAUAUUCAGAUACUCAAUUACCAUCAUUUUCAGAAACAACUCAAAAUAUUAAAACAUCAAGUGCAAUAGUUUCACCUUUAAGAUCACCUGUUAAUAGACUGCCUGUUCAAUCACAUAGAAGAAUAAUAUCAGAUAGUAGUGAUGUUAGUGUUAAAUCAUUAGUUUCAAAAGUUAUAUCACCAACCAAUAAUCCACCUCAAUUACCUUUACCGAAUAGUAACUUAUCACGUCAACCAAUUCAACAACAACAACCAUUUCUUCAACAACCUAUACCUCAACCUCAACCGCAAUCUCAAUUACAACCACCACUUCAAUCUCAAUCUCAAUUGCAACCACCACUUCAACCACAACCACAUAUAAAUUCACAGAAUCAUAGUCAACUGCAACUGCAACAACAUCUGCCAACUAUACCUCAUCAAACUAUACCUUAUCAAACUUCACCUCAAAGUUAUCCAUAUUAUUAUCCAGCUCAACAACAACCACAACCAAUUCCUCAACCCCCAAUGUCACAACUUUUACCUCAGCCUCCACCACAACAACCAAUACAAACAACAUCAAAUAUUGGUUCACCUUAUCCACCAAAAUUUCAAAUCAAAGCUACUUCAUCUUUACCAAACGUAUCAGCGUACCCAAAUUAUAAUCAAUCAGUCCCACCUCAAUAUCCAUAUUAUCCAUCAAGAUCACCAGAUAAUCAUCAAAAUUAUUCAGCUCCACCGCCACAACAACAAUCAACUCAUAUUCACAGUCAACAACCACCAGUACAUUCUUCAAGCAAACAUCAACAAAUUCCAGUACCAACACAUCAAUUUGAAACAUCACCAGAACAUAAAUCAUCAACAAAAUUGAAUAAUAAUGACGAACAUGCAUCAUCAACAACUACACCACCAACAAAAAGAAGCAAACAUUCAAAAAAUAGUCAUGGGGGUAUUAAUUUCAUGAUAACUACACCAAGUAAUCCACCAGCAAGAAAAUACAAUAAUCCAAAUAGAGAAAAAUAG